AUGCGGAUCGCCGCUAAUUGUGGAGGAAAAUGUUUGAACGGCUUUUCAGAGUUCUCGGCAAUUAUUGCCCGCAUUUGCAGUCAACAAACUGUCAAUAAAGGCGCGAAGUUCAAAUGCAAACCCGAGUCAUUCUUCAACUAUCUAUCUAUCUAUCUAUCUAUCUAUCUAUCUAUCUAUCUAUCUAUCUAUCUAUCUAUCUAUCUAUCUAUCUCAGUCUUUUCAUUAUAUCUAUCUAUCUAUCUAUCUAUCUAUUUCUUAUCUAUCUAUCUAUCUAUCUAUCUAUCUCAUUUUUUCAUUAUCUCAGUAUUUCCAUCUGUCUCUAUCUCUAUCUCUAUCUAUCUAUCUAUCUAUAUCUAUCUCUCUCUAUCUAUCUAUCUAUUUCCAUUAACUGUCUGUCUCUAUCUAUCUAUCUAUCUAUCUAUCUAUCUAUCUAUCUAUCUAUCUAUCUCAUCUCAGUUUUCAUUAUCUAUUAUCUAUCUAUCUAUCUAUCUAUCUCAUUUUUCAUUAUCUAUCUAUCUAUCUAUCUAUCUAUCUAUCUUAACUGUCUCUUUUCAUUAUCUAUCUAUCUAUCUAUCUAUCUCAUUAUUAUCUAUCUCUCUCUAUCUAUCUAUCUAUCUAUCUAUCUAUCUAUCUAUCUCGGUAUUUCCAUUAACUGUCUCUCUCUCUCUAUCUAUCUAUCUAUCUAUCUAUCUAUCUAUCUAUCUAUCUAUCUAUCUCGGUAUUUCCAUUAACUGUCUCUAUCUAUCUAUCUAUCUAUCUAUCUCUAUCUAUCUAUCUCAUUUUUUUCAUUAUCUAUCUAUCUAUCAUCUAUCUAUCUCUAUCUAUUUCUCGGUAUUAUUAACUGUCUCUCUCUAUCUCUCUCCAUUAACUCUCUCUAUCUAUCUAUCUAUCUAUCUAUCUAUCUAUCUAUCUAUCUAUCAGCCUGGCCUUGUCUGGAACCACUAA